GGGCGUGGCCAGCGCCGCGGGCGGGCUGGUGAGACAGAAGGACGGACAGAGUGAGCAAGAGACAGACGGAGACCGGGACAGACAGGGGCCCGCUGAGCCGAGCCCCCGCCCGCGCGGUCUGUGGCCCCGCCGAGCCCGCUCCAGCCCAGAGGGGUCCCCGCGCCCCCAGAGCCCCCGCGCACGGCGCGGCCGCGGCCACCGCCCUCCCUCUGUGCCCCGGCGACUGGCAGCGCCGGGUCCCCUGUGCGGCCCGCCCUCGCCGUGACUCAGUUUCCCCAGGGACCGCCGGAGGCCGGGCCGCCCCGCUCCCCCGUCCGCCCAUCCGCAGCCUCGCCCGGACCAGCUCCCAGGCGUCUGCCCCGCUCGCGGUGGCGCGGGGACCCGGGCGCGGCCCCUCCAUCGCCGUCUCCAUCAGCAUCGCCAGGGGUGACUGAGCCCGGGCCGGAUGGAGUGGUGACCGUCCCUGCUCCACCCAGCACCAUGUGGCCCAACGGCAGCGCUCUGGGGCCCUGUUUCCGGCCCACGAACAUCACGCUGGCGGACCGGCGCCUGAUCGCCUCGCCCUGGUUCGCAGCCUCCUUCUGCCUGGUGGGCCUGGCGUCCAAUGUGCUGGCGCUGAGGGUGCUGGCGGGCGCGCGCCACGGCAGCUCGGCCACGCGCUCGUCCUUCCUCACCUUCCUCUGUGGCCUGGUCCUCACCGACUUCCUGGGGCUCCUGGUGACCGGCGCCAUCGUGGUGUCCCAGCACUUCGCCCUGUUCGACUGGCAGGCCGUGGACCCCGGCUGCCACCUCUGCCGCUUCAUGGGCGUCGUCAUGGUCUUCUUCGGCCUGUCCCCGCUCCUGCUGGGUGCCACCAUGGCCUCGGAGCGCUACCUGGGCAUCACACGGCCCUUCUCACGGCCCGUGGCCGCCUCGCCGCGCCGUGCCUGGGCCACGGUGGCGCUGGUGUGGGCCGUGGCGCUGGCGCUGGGCCUGCUGCCGCUACUGGGCCUGGGCCGCUACACGGUGCAGUACCCGGGCUCCUGGUGCUUCCUCACGCUGGGCGCCGAGCGCGGCGACAUGGCCUUCGGCCUGCUCUUCUCGCUCCUCGGUGGCCUCUCGGUGGUGCUGUCCUUCCUGCUCAACACGGUCACCGUGGCCACCCUGUGCCACGUCUACCACAACCAGGAGGCCGCCCAGCAGCGCCCGCGGGACUCUGAGGUCGAGAUGAUGGCGCAGCUCAUGGGCAUCAUGGUUGUCGCCAGCAUCUGCUGGAUGCCGCUGCUGGCCUUCAUCGCGCAGACGGUGCUGCGGAGCCCGCCGGCCAUGGGCCCGAGCGGGCAGCUGCCGCGCGCCACGGAGAAGCAGCUGCUCAUCUACCUGCGCGUGGCCACGUGGAACCAGAUCCUGGACCCCUGGAUGUACAUCCUGUUCCGCCGGGCGGUGAUGCGGCGCCUCUACCCGCGCCUCAGCACGCGGCCCAGGUCGCUGUCCUUGCAGCCCCAGCUGACCCUCAGGUCCUCCCUGCAGUAGGCCCGGGGUUGGGGGGCGGUGGACACCUCGGCGGCGGCUCCGGAAGGACAGCCGGACAGAGCGCGCCGCCCGCGUGUCCCCCGCUGAACCUUGGGGCCCCUCACGGUCACAUCGCGGGGCCCGGAGCUCGUGGAGCCGGGCUGCGGGAUGGACAAAGUCUGAGCGGCAGGAUUGCGGACUUCCUGGGGAGCCCACCCCCGCCCCGGCCCCCCUUUCCAUCCUGCCCGCUCUGAGUCCCCUCCCCUGAGUCCCUCCCCCCGGGAAGGGCGUGUGGGGGUGCUGGGAGGGGGUCAGACCGGUGAGCCGCCCCUUCCAGAAAGCCUGGGAAAUGGGGGGCUCUGACCCCCGUGACCUGCUUCCUGGGGUCCAGUGGAUUCCCUUUGACCCCCCCCAGCCCCAGAAGGCUCUGUCUAGAAAAGACUGAAUGGGAACGGGCAGGACACCCCCUCUCUCGCCAAAAUAUAUCUCCAGCCUGGCUUUAUUGUC